UGUCAUGACGUCAUUGUAUCGUAGCACUCGUGUCAACGAUGUUCAUUUUUCUCCUGUGAUAAACCGUAACUUAUAUAUGUCGAUAAAUGAAAAUUAGUUGGUAAAGAAUUAUUUAAAAUAUAGUUAGAUAACUUUUAAAAUGGCAUUUCUUCCCAAUAUAAUUUCAUCCACCAUACAAAAUGUUAACAAAAUUUUGUUAAAUUCAACCACCAUUGAUCGGACAUGCAUUAGAUACGCAUCAAAGAAAAGUAGCAGCAGUACGAGAAAUAAACCUAUUAAAACAAGACCGAAGCACAGAGGUAUCCGUGUAUAUGACGGUUUUUUUGUACAAGCAGGAACAAUACUUGCCACUCAAUUGACACCUAGAUUUCAUCCUGGUCUAAAUGUUGGUUGGGGAAAGAAUGGAACAUUGUUUGCUAUGGAGGCAGGAAAGGUGAUGAUAACUUGUGAAAAGGUCAAUCUUAAUUGGGAUCAUAAUUGGGUGAUAAAAUAUUAUGCAGGUCGGGAAGGACAAACUAUCUAUAAGAAACAUUUCAACGUAAUACCAAUGCCUCAACACAAUCGUUUCAAACUGAUCAAUGCCAUUUAGAUUAAGGAAUUUUAUUAAGUGAUUCAGAUAGAAGAAAAUAUAUUUUAAUGUAGACAUAUAAACAAUACGUAAUUAUGUAAUAUUUUUGACCGUUUAAAAAUAAAAAUCCUUGAUAACAGA